AUUCCUAAACUGGGCCUUAAUCUUUUUAGCCUUUACAAAGGGGUUCUACCGUCUUCUUAAAUCUUCAUCCGACCAGAGGAUUUAACCUAGAAAUUUCUCUCAGAGACCUUCAAUAGCUCAACAAUGUCAGGGAAAGAAGUUCGGGAAUAUACCAAUCUUUCAGACCCUAAAGACAAGAAAUGGGGGAAAAACAAGGACAAAGUAGAUGACGAGGAUAUUACUUUCCAGCGCAUGGUUUCCAAGAUGCAAGAGGUAGCUGGAGAACGUGGAGGCUAUCUUCAUGGACGAGGCGCCUUGGACAGUGAUGACUUGCUUUAUCUCAAAGAGCAGAUGGAAGCUGAGGAGGAUGCAGAACGUCUCUUAAGACGCACUGAGAAACGUGCUUUUGCAGCUUUUAAGAUAUCCUAAUCGUUCUUUUUUGGAUAAAUUAUCUAGGACAUAUGUUUUGUGUGGCUAUGUGUGGAAGGUACCAUUUUGCUUUGCCCUUGUCCUACCUAUCAUGUGUUUCUAUCAUCUCCUGCUCAGCCUCUCCUUUCUCGUACAGCUUGUAUACUAAUGAACUACAAAAAAUCUUCUCUAAAACAUACAAUAAAUCCUCUCUGGAACACACAAAAGAAAAUAUCAUUCCAAAUCUUCCUUUUAUGUGAUGUUUCCAGUUCCAUUUGUUUCUAAAUGGCUUACGUAAGAGGGGGUCUUGGAUAAUAUUCUCUGUAUGAUAUAGUGAGAGUAAAAACUUGUACUACAUUGUCCUGUGCAAUAUAGAUGUGGUGCAUCCUUAGAAUAGAGUCAUGGCUGCUAAAUUUAUCUCAUCUACUUCAUGCCAUUACAGUGAUUUUCCAACAUUGUAGUUUUAACUGUAUAUUGAUGUAAAAUGUAAUUUAAAGAUCAUUUGUGAGAGUCUUCAACCAUCUUGUUGAUUCACAACCCACAAAAGCAAUGAAUCGGUGAUUUGGUAGAAUCAGAUUUUUCCUAUAGGCGGGGAAGGUGAAAAGAGUCAUAUUUUUGCAAUGGAGACAGAAAUUCUCAUUUUUUGCAGUGUUUUUGCUUCGGGUAAAUAAUGAACUAGAUCAAAAUGACACACAUUUAACUUCCAAUGCUUCUUACUUUGUAUGAAGUUUUGGAUAGUGAAUGCAUCAAGGGUUAAACAGUAAACACCUCACCCUUUUAAUUUUCGUAAAAGGGCAAGGUUGUUUAUAUCUUGUCCCCAGACCCCAAGUAACUCUGGGAUUAUUCGGGGGUUUUUGUUGUUGUUAUGGUGGCACAGAAGUGUGGGCGUCUUAGUUUUCAAAUUUCAUGUUAUCCUUGAUGACUAUACACCAAGCUGUAGCCAAUACUUCACCCGCUACACUACCCCUUCCACUUCGAGUUGAGCCAAAGGCAAAAAGUGGGAUCAGGCAGCAAGAUUUACUUAAAAGAGUGGUAGAGGUCAAACCGAAACGGCAUAGAGUCUCCUCCCCACCAGAACAAGGGAGUCUGCCCUCCAAACCUUCGACUACUUGUUAUUCUCCUAGCAAGCCAUUGGCUAAAUUGAAUGAUGAAGGAUUGAAUAAAGCGAGGGUCGAUAAUCCUGUUUCAAGUUUGUUAGCAGCAUAUGAGAGUUCUGAUGAUGAAUGAAGACUGAUAGAUCAUUUGUGUAUGAGCCAUUUUUCUUGGUGUUGAAGCUUCUUUAGUUUUGUUUGUAUGUGCUGGUUUAAUUUGUAUUAAAAUAGAUGGGGAACAAGCUGAGAAAUGAAGUGAUUAUUGAAUUGUGAGAUGGACAAUUAUUUAUGUUGCCCUUAAGGUGGUGAUUCAG